AUGCAGGAGAUCAUUCGAGCGGAGUUCAGACACCACACGGUCAUUGCGGCGAGUCAUCGGCUGGUGACGAUCAUGGACUUCGAUCGGGUGGUGGUGAUGGAUCUCGGGGAGGUGGUGGAGGUUGGCAAUCCGGCCCUCCUGAAAGGGGAAGCUGCGAGUCGAUUUGGGGAGUUGGUGGACGCUGAUGAUGAGUAG